UGAUACACUUUAACCUAGAAAGAAAUAAACAUGUGUAGCAAGACAAGCAUUGGAAACUAUGGAGAUGAUUACUCAGGUUCGUGUCCCAAAAAACAGAAGAGUAAUAACAAUGGAAAAAGAAGAGUUCCUCGAAGAGGUCCUGGUGUUGCCGAACUCGAGAAGAUCCGUCUCGAAGAACAACACAUCUCUUCCUCCGCACAACUUCCUCCUCCUCAGCCGGAAAAACCUCCGUCUGUGAUUCAUACGACCACCACCAUGAGAUCCGGUCCGGUUUACCCGUUCCCGUCUUAUUUUACAGCCGGAUCUUUCCCUAGUGAUCUGAUCCCUCCGGCUCCAGUUUUUCAAAGGAAUCACGAUUCGUGUCUUCACUAUCUCGCACCCAUGAAUAUACCGAAUCCAGGGUUUUAUCAGUUUAUAGAGCCCCCUUCAAAUCAAUCAUCUUGCCAUGACAAUGUCUCUCAAUUUUCUGACAGCCAAAAGAUCGUGGCGGCAAAAAGGCCAUGGCAAGUUAUGGCAGAGUCUACGAGAUGUGACGUGGGACCGACGGUAACCAUAUCAAGAAAUGGUAAACAAAUCAAGCCCCUUGACCAAAGAUUGAGAAAUCAUUUUCAAGAUUCAGGAACCACAUUUAGAAAUCCAAUCACCAUUGAUUCUCCUUCACCACCAAUUAUACCAAAUUCUUCACUCGAUUUCCCGCGCUUCAUGCAUUAUGAACAGAAGGACGGGUUUAAUCGUGAAAGCAUGCCACAAAGAGGCGUUGUUAAUGCUUCCUCAAACAGAAAACCGUUCUACAGUUUCCUGCCUGCGAAUGAGCAGAGAAAUGGCGACCAAGAUCUAUCUAUUAGCUUGAGAACCGAGAAAUAUGACACAGUCACUGAUCACGGCAUUGAUCUUCGCCUUAAGUUAUAAGCAAUUGGUCUUUUAAGCAAUCUAUUUUUUUUUUUGAAACUUCGAAUCUUUACAUCAGUUUGUUGUUUUUGGGACAUUAAAACAAAGAUCUGCCAAAUAUUUGGCUUUGUAUUUGCUUCUUUUUUUUCCCUUUAAUAUACAAACAUAA